AUGCAGUACAAGAUCAUCUAUGCCGUGGCGGCCCUUCUCGGGUCCACAGCUGCGAGUUUCUCAGGCAAUCUGAACUAUGCCUCCCCCUCAAGGCGACACGCGCGCCUGGGCAUCGACACCAACAUUGUUGAGCGCAGGUCGUGGAAACGCGACAACGUGGCCUACGAGCCGUCAGAGCUCAACUUUACCCACGGCGUGGCGUCUGGUGACCCGUGGCCGGAGAGCGUGAUCCUCUGGACCAGAGUGGCACCCAGCAACAAGUCAGAAGACAGCACUGCACCCGUGGAGGGCACGGCGCCACUCUGGAGCCAUGAGACUGAACAGUUUGUUGAGGCCGAUCCUAACCCAAUCUGCGUCGAGUGGAAGGUCUAUCUGGGCAAGAAGAACGAGACCCAGCAGAUUGUGUCGCAGGGAGUCACUCACACUACAUCUGAUAUUGACUUUACAGUCAAGGCAGGUCAAGUGGAGGCCCAGGGCCUUGAGCCCCUGACGGAGUAUAACUACCAGUUCAACGUCUGCAACUCGGACGUGAAGAGUCCAGUUGGCCGGACGAAGACUGCACCCACCGCCGAUGAUGAUGUCUCAUCCCUCAGUUUUGCUGUCUUCUCUUGCAGCAACUUUCCCAAUGGCUACUUCAAUGCCUACGGAAACGCAGCCCGCAAGGAUGAGCAUGACUGGGUGCUGCACCUGGGUGACUACAUCUACGAGUAUGCUGCUGAGGAUGACGCGACCGAACGUGUAUCAAUCCCUUCCAACGAUAUCUUCACCUUGUACGACUAUCGUGCGCGGCACGGCCAGUAUCGCACUGACCCAGACCUGCAGUUGCUGGCGCGGGACUAUGCUUGGAUCACUACCUGGGAUGAUCACGAGGUCGCAAACAACGUGUAUCGCGAUGGAACAAGCGGGUUGAACAACACCGAAGACUCAUUCUUGAAUGAUGGUCCGGAGAUCAGUGUCGACACACGCAAGGUCAACGCUGUCCGCGCGUACUUUGAAUGGAUGCCCAUACGUCAAACGGACCUGGAUGAUGGCCUUCGGAUUUGGCGCUCGUUCCAGAUGGGCAAGCUCCUUGACCUCAUCAUUCUCGACACCCGCGUUUAUGAUCGCUCAAUCACAUCUCUGGGGUGGAAUGACGACUACAUCGACCUCAUCCGGGAUGACCCCAGCCGCACUUUGAUGGGGGCUCGCCAGGAGAAUUGGUUCUACAACUCGUUGUCGACAUCGGCUGAGCGAGGGGCCACUUGGCGGCUCGUCGGAAACCAGAUCAUCAUUUCUCGGAUUCUCAAAGACGACGAGGGCUCCCUCAGCGGGGACAAUUGGAAUGGGUACAUUGCCAACCGCAACAGAACUCUCAAGCACUUGUACGACAACAAUAUCGGCAACAACAUCUUCCUCGCAGGCGACAGCCACCAGAAUUGGGUCUCUGACCUCGUCUGGCUCGAGGAGAAGGAGUAUGACAUGGAGACCGGCCAAGGUGCUGUGGGUGUCGAAUUCGCCGGGACAGCCGUCACCUCCAGCGGUCAAUCGGGCCCCAUUGAGCCCAAAGCUGGGGACUACGCCCGUGCGAUGAUUGAGCGAAACGACGAGUUGAUGUGGCAGGAGGGCUACUACCGCGGCUACUUCCACCUCAAGGUGGCCCCGGAGAAGCUCACGGCGCAAUUCUACGGCUCGCCUUCUGUUGCUACGCGCAACCCGUGGGACAUUCCCCUCGCCAACUUUACCGUUGUGGCGAACGAGAACCACCUCGAGCGCCCCGUCGCAGGGGGGGAGGCAGAGUCGGGCGCGCUGAGGUUUGGCAAUGUCAAGCAUACCAACUUGACCCUGAACACGGAGACCGAUGAGUGGGAGGUCAUUGGUUUCGACCAGAUGUUCAUCAAGUGACCGAUUAGGUGGGUGGACUACAAGGGAAACAUUGGUAUCAUUCAAACGAUGAAAGAGCCCAACUUAUGUCAAUUUGCAGUUCAAAGAUUGACUCUACCACAUGCCGGAGGCAUCCCAUAAUAGGGUAUAAUUACUUCUCAACCCGGGUGACAGUGGCGGUUUGUGCUUCUUUUUCAGGGUCAUCAAUGUCCUCCGCCAACGCGCGCUCCUUAUCAGAGCCACCGUGUUGGAACUGGCGAGCCACGGCGUCGGGAUCUCCCUUGCGUCCCGUAUCGAAGAGGACUGAGACUUCCUCAAUGGACAUGCCCCUGCAUAAUCUGUAAGCAAAGCCCUGAAGAGGAUCUCUUUGUGAUUCGAUACGUACCGAGUCUCGGGGAAGAAGAACAGGAUGAGCACGAGGUA